AUGACUGAUAAUAAUUUUACAUUAGUAUGUUAUAAUGUUGGUAAAUGUGUUUGUGAUUUUCGUAUAAAUUUAUAUGGAUGUAAAGAAGAGAAUUUAAACAUCGCGAUAAAUUAUGUACUUUUAUCAGUCACAGUAAUUGGAUUUCUCAUGAGUUGUUAUUUUUUAUAUUCACGUAAAUUUAUCAAAAAACAAACAUUAUUUUUCCCAUACAAAACAAAUGAUGGGAUUUUAAGACCUAGAUCACAAGAUGCUUUCCAUAUACUUGUAAUAGUAUUUUGUUUACGUUUUGGUGUAGCGGUAUUAAUACCUAUUAGCACAGUAUAUUCAACACCCAAAUUAAUUGCACACACAAGGACUAAAAUGCUCUUUGAUAAAGGAGUGAUUGUUGAUAUUAUUGGAUUCACACAAAUCAUUGGACCAUUUGUCACCUUAACACCAUUUGCAUAUCUGACAGGAUAUUAUGCACAAGAUAAUUAUGAUAUAGAAAAAUCUAUAUUUUACUUUAGGGUACACUACAUAUUAUGGGGAUUUUGGACGAGUUAUUUUAUUAUUGUAAUAAUUAUAUUUUGGAUAAAUUUGAAAAACAAAUUAAACAAUUAUAUCCAAGAAUUAGAAAACAGUCAAAAUGAAGAUUUGAAUUUGAAAUUAAUCAAGAUUAGAAAAGUCACAAAAAAUUUAGAUUCAAAUAUUCAUAUGAAUAACGGUAAAAUGAUGGAUUAUGCGCGUAAUUUGUUUGCAACUGAACAAUUUGAAGAAUCCAUUGUAAAAAAAGAACAGAAAUUUAUAGUUUCCGCUGUUUAUACAUAUUAUAAAAAAGAAAUAGGACCAUUUGUUAAUUAUAAAGUGUUGACUAGAUUACUCACAUGGAAUGAGAAAUGGUUUUUUUUAUUACACACGUUUAUUAUAACUAAAACUGAUGAAAUAGUCACUAUAGGUGUAUCAAAAUUGGUUAUUAAAGAUAAAACGGGGAAAACAAUUUCACCUGAAAGCUUUUUUUUAGCAAAUGGAUUGUGUGAUAAUGAAUCAGAAGACGAUAAAAUUGAAAGAGAAAAUCUUCGAAAAUUCGGAUGGAAAUUUGUUGAAGGCUUAUUUGGGAUUGAGGGAUUGAUUGAUUUUAAUAAAAAUAACAUUGAUAUUAAUAACAAACGACCU